AUGCCUCCAGGCACCACACCUCACUACGUCUUCAUUUAUUUUGUCUUAGAGGAUGACUUCAUUUCCGCCGUGGGCAAGCUGGGCUGGCCAGAGCUUCCAGACAACAACAUCCUCGACUCCAUCAACGGACCAAUGCGUGCCCAACGCUACGUCGGCCCUGACGGAAAGCGCCAGGACACCGCCCACGCGUACAUCCAUCCCAAGCUUGGGAGUGGAGAAUUCCCAAAUCUCCACGUCCUCGUCGAGACGGACGUGGAGCGUGUUAUAGUUGACGAUAACAAGAAGGCUGUGAGUAUGGUCUUCCGACCGAGCGCUGACUUUCAGCCCGACUCCAAACAAGAGACUAGGACCGUCAACGCAAGGAAGCAGGCAGUCCUCUCCGCAGGUGCUCUUGGGACACCUCAAAUCCUAGAGAGGUCUGGUGUUGGCAAUUCCGAGGUUCUCUCACGCGCCGGAGUCCCGCUUGUCGCCUCUGUGCCGGGAGUGGGUGAGAAGUAUUUAGACCAUCAUAUCAUGCUCUAUCCAUAUAAAACCAGUGUCGGCCCAGACCAGACAAUGGAUGGGAUCCUCACAGGCCGUGUCAACGUCGCCGAGUUGAUUCCCAAGAACGACCCUCUCCUGAGCUGGAAUGGGGUUGACGUUCAGUGCAAGCUUCGACCAUCUGAUGCUGACAUCGCAAGCCUGGGAACUCAGUUCCAGGCAGCAUGGGACAAAGACUUCAAAAACAACCCCGAUAAGCCUCUCAUGAUUAUGUCUAUUGUCAGCUGCUUCCCAGGAGAUCCAUCUGGCGUUCCAGCAGGACAAUACAUGGGUAUUGCUACCUUUAGCACUCAUCCAUUCUCCCGAGGCCGUGUUCACAUUACGGGUCCGAACUUCAAUGACCCCGCGAAAAUUCGCCGCAUGGACAACUUCGCCGGUGAAAUCGCCGCUGGCCACCCGGAAUUCCCGAAUGGUUCGAAGGCCGCCAUUAUCGACGCCCAGCCUACCUCUGGAGCCCCCCCCCCCCACGAUAUUGAAUACACGCCAGAGGACGACCCGGCUAUCAACAAAUUCCUCAAGGAGCGUAUCUCGACGACGUGGCACUCAAUGGGCACGUGCAAGAUGGCCUCUUUCGACGACGGCGGUGUGGUAGAUCCCGACCUGAACGUCUACGGAGUGAAGGGCCUGAAGAUCGCCGAUCUGAGUAUACCACCCAGCAACGUGGGCUCUAACACGUGCAGUGUGGCCAUGGCCAUUGGGGAAAAGGCCGCAGAUAUUAUCAUUCGAGAGCUUUAG